AGUUCCGAAACCUGAUCUAUCUUUGGAUCUUUCCAGCCACUUCCGGAGAGUGAGGAAAGGAAGUCGCAGGAAUCGAAUCCCUUCCAAGAUGCCUGCGCUUCAAUCCUUUUCAUUUAUUUCUCGUCUCACAAUCCAGACGAGCAUCCCAAAACGCACCCGAAUUUUGAAUAUGAAGGUCAACGCGCAACAUCUCCCAUGGGCAUUCCUGGCAAGUUGCUUGGUUCACCCCAUCGAGGCUGCACUGACAACUGAAUACUUGGCGGCGAACAACUUGAACUUUACCUGCAGCGUUCUCGACCAUAGAUCACUAGCAAACCCAGAUGCUCCACUGAAACAGCUCAUGCUGCUGCAUGGGUUUCCCAUGUUUCGUGUCUGGUGGAUGCCACUCCUCCAACACUGGGACGAAAUGCUCAAGACGGAUGACGCAAUGUCCGUUCAUGCUGUGGCUUGUGACCUUCGUGGAUACAGUCCCCAAGCCUCUCCGGAAACGAUUGAAGACUAUGAUUACUCCAUCUUUGCAGAAGACACCUUUGCCUUGGCUGAAGCGGCAGGUUUUACAAACGGGUUUCACUUGUUGGGACAUGAUCACGGGGCCGCCUUGGCUUGGUAUGUCGCUGCCCAUGACAUCAACAAUCAAGUCCUUUCCUUGACAACCAUGUCUGUUCCACACAUUGAUCUACUGUCCGAAGCGCUCUGCGGUGACAACAAUGACGAGGACCAGGUUAUUGCUUCAAACUAUUUCAAUCAAUUCUCCUUGCCAAAUAGUGCAGCUGCCAACAAUGCUAGCUUGACCGAAAUGUUUGCCAGCUUUGGACUGCCCGUCCAGCCUGAAUCCUUCCAGAAGAUGUUAUGGUGGUACAAUGGAAGUUUCCCCACUUACUUCUCGUUGCCACGAGUAGUGUCGGAUGACGAAGUCGAGACCUACAAAGCUGAGAAAGGGCCUGAAGCAACGUUCUUCUUGGAACGUACACGUUCAGCCAUUGCCAUGGAGGAACGUCCCUGCGUUCCAGUGGAAGACAAAAUUGGUGCCAUUGAGAUCCCCACUCUCUUCAUUUGUGGGCUGGAGGACACGUCUCUUUUGUGCAACAGACCGUAUGCUACGGACUUUCCGGUCGACUUCUUGCCUGAUUACGAACAUGCUAACUUCCAGUGUGGCCAUGACUUCUUUUUGGAAGGCAACUGUGUCACGAUGGAAGAAUCCCAAGCAGUCAUGGACAAGAUUACAUCAUUUGUUUUGUUGCGAGACCUUCCCAGUCCGGCUGGUGAUAAGGAAUCCUCAGUUCCCACGAGCAGCGAAGACCAAACAGAGGAUAGCACAGUUGACGACAGCAGUGGAACGGACAAAGCAAGCACGAUGAUCUUGACUGCCACAAUGGCGUUGGGCGCUUUAGCUGUCUUCUAGCUAGGAAACUCAACUGAAUACAUGAAUCCUUAGUCAGAGAUGAACAUAGAAUCUCCAGUCCUUUAGAGUAGCACAAUAAAUGCUUAAUAAAAUUUAAUGGUGAGAGUC